CAUCUCCUACCUCUCUCUCUCAAACAAACUCAAAACUAACACACAGAUACACAGUCGAAAGAAUAAGAGAACAAUGGGAUCUCUCUCUUCGCCAUCAGUGCUCUCUCUUCCCUCCAAGCCUACCACCCAAAUAGACCCAAACCAUCUUCUAAACCUCUUCAAAUCCCAACAAAAAUACCUUAAUCACUUCUUCCAGAACCUAGACCUUACACAAACCCUGACCUUCACGCAAACCUUGUUGAAAACCCAAGGCACCAUCUUCUUCACCGGCGUCGGAAAAUCCGGCUUCGUCGCCCAAAAGAUAUCCCAAACUCUCAUUUCCCUCGGAAUCAAAUCUGGGUUUCUCUCUCCAGUCGAUGCCCUUCAUGGAGACAUUGGCAUUCUAUCAAACCAAGAUAUUUUGGUUUUGUUCAGUAAGAGUGGCAAUACAGAAGAAUUGCUAAGGCUUGUGCCUUGUGCGAAGGGUAAGGGUGUUUUUCUGAUCUCUGUGACAUCAAAAUUGCCUAAUUCUUUGACGGGUUUGUGUGAUAUGAAUGUGCAUUUGCCUUUGGAGAGAGAGUUGUGCCCAUUUGAUCUGGCUCCGGUGACCUCGACCGCAAUACAGAUGGUUUUUGGUGAUACUGUGGCGAUUGCUUUGAUGGAUGCGAGAAACUUGACGAAGAAUGAGUAUGCAGCGAAUCAUCCAGCUGGGAGGAUUGGGAAGAGCUUGAUUUUUAAGGUCAAGGAUGUUAUGAAGAAGCAAGAAGAACUUCCAGUCUGCAGAGAAGGAGAUUUAAUAAUGGACCAACUAGUAGAGCUAACCAGUAAAGGAUGUGGAUGCCUCCUUGUCAUCGAUGGUGAGUUUCAUUUGAUAGGCACAUUCACAGAUGGCGAUUUGCGGCGCACCCUGAAAGCUAGUGGGGAAGAUAUCUUCAAGCUCACAGUGGGUGAGAUGUGCAACAGGAAUCCGAGGACAAUUAGUCCCAAUGCAAUGGCAGUGGAGGCAAUGCAGAAGAUGGAGGCUCCCCCGUCUCCCGUUCAAUUCUUGCCUGUCAUCAAUCAUGAAAACAUCUUGAUUGGUAUUGUAACAUUGCAUGGAUUGGUCUCAGCUGGUUUGUGACUUUAUCUGGAUGUACUGCAGUUGUAUCUCCUAUAUUUUGCCAUGUUGAUUCAUUGUAUUCUUUCAAGAUCCUCCUUCGAGGUUGUCUCUGUUCUUUAGGUGAUUGAUUUGUUCUAGUAGGGAAUAUAUUGGGCUAUAAUAUCUUGAUUCCCAAGGCUGUAGCAUUGGAGGAAUUUUAUCAAUUUAAUAGAUCUUUGAGAAUUACAAAUU